UCGUGGCUGUUCUGGGGCCGUCGUUGAUGUUACGUUGCUUUGUUGUUAACAUUUACACGUAUGUGUUGGUCCCUUGUUGUUGCUAUUGUGGGUUUGUUUUUCUCAUAUAAACAUUGUGUGUACGGUUUCUAUAUUUCAUAAGACCAAUCAACACACACAGAACGAACCAACACCAGUGUCACUUAGUCGUUUCGCGUUGCUCAGUAGUUAAGCAUUACACGCCGAAAAGCUAAAGUGAGUUAUUGGAUAUCAAAUUCGAACCGACAAGGAGUGAGAGGCGAAACAAGUGGUGGGGAGACAUAGCUGUGAAAGGAAACCUGACGAUUAAAGCCACUCGUCUAAUUCACCGACCGAGCCUUAAACUAAACCGAGUAUCACACUAGUUUUUCCUUGGUACAAAUUCGUUUGGUAGUAUCCGUUUGUGUCGGAUAGAGCUCUCACUCUCUACACACGACUCUUCAUACAGUACAAAGUGUCAAAUGAUCGGAUCGAAUUAUGGACAACCAGUAAAGAGCAUCAGCUGAGCUACGCGCAUACAUACAUACAAGAUAUACAUUCGUUUUCUGAUUGUGACCACACAGGCUUAGUAGCUGAAGUUCUACAUACAUACGUGGGAGGUAGAAGAAAGAACAGAAAAAGCACAAACAAAUCUGAGGGUAAUCGGAGGAGAAGCGACUGUUUUACGGAAGCUUAUGUUUAAUAAUAAUCGUUGAAGCUGCAGCUAGUACACUACACCUGUAUGACCGCAUGUACAUAUAUAUGAUAUAUAUUUAAAGAGCGUAUUCGUUACCAAUCGCUGUAACAACAAAACCUUCAUAUUUAACGACAAACAAACCAAGUGUUCAUACAACUAUUAUUAACCAGCAGCUCAACUAUAUUCUACUGCUCUGAAAUCUGUACUCGUUGCCUACACUUCGUCUCGAUUUGGUUUGACAACAAUGGAAAGUGCAUAAGAGCACACACAAGCAAACAAACAAGCAAAGCAGUGGGCUGAGCUAUGAACAAACCAACAAAUAGCAGGAAAUCAGUGGGAAAGUAGAAGAAACGGAGAUAAAUACAAAUCAUCGCUAGUAUUUGCGCGCACGGCAAAAACACGGUACAAAAACACAAAUAUACAAAAGUGCAGAAUUAGCUGAAUUUUUCAGAAAUAACAGUUGUUUCAUUUGUGCAAUAAAUUUUCAGUUAAAUACAAUAAAAGUAUUUAAAAUAAAUCAAAUAUUUAUCACGUUUUAGCGGAAAGGCAUAUCAGAGAUAGAAGAGCGAUGAAGAAAAUUUGAUAAAACAACAAAUAAUAAGUAAUUGAAACCUCUCUAAAUAAUGCGAGCAACUACAUCCGCACAUACAAACAUAAUUUCAUAGUAAUAAAAAACAACAUCUUUGUGCGGAGCACAUAUGCGAGCCGCCUCGCUUACGUCAAAACACUCCACAUUUGAAGCAAUAAAAAAAAUUUUCAACGUAUUUCAAACUAAAAACUGCCACUACACAGAAUUAUGACCGCUAAGCCGCCCAAAAGUGCCAAUAAAGGGGUAAAACGCCGCAAUGAACGCAAUAUACUCACAUUCUAUGAGAAGAUCGCUGUCAUUCAUUGCUAUGAUGAGACGAGCGUUUCGCGUAACCGUUUGGCGAAACUGUUCCAUUGCUGUGCUACACAAAUACGACGCAUCCUCGAACACAAAGACGAACUGCUCCAACAAUUGGCCACUCUUAGUGAAUCGGAUGCAUCUAACUUUAUCGAAGAGAUGGCACGGAAACGUCGAAAAUUCGAAAUGACCGCCAUAAGCUUCAUUCUACAUGAGUGGGUGGAACGUUGUCGAGUGUUGCGCUUACGGAAAAGCAUAACAAAUCAAACUCUUAAGGCCACAGCGCUCAAAAUGGCCACUCUUUUGAAUUUACCAAGCUUUCGACCGUCUUAUCGUUGGUUAGAUCGUUUCCGGGGCAAAUACAAAUACACAGCCGAAGAUCUAGGUACCUCCGGUCCGGAUGCCGUGGACGGUGAACUGGCCGUGGAGGAUAUUAUUAUUGAAUUUAAGGACGCUUUACCAAAUUUCAUGCAAACCGAAAUAUCAGCGAUCACCUCACUCGACAAAGUUACGGAUGGUGUAGACUUAGAAAAAACAAAGAUCCCAAGGCAAAGUGCCAGCAAUGAGAAUAGCAUAGAUUACGCUUUCAGCGAUGACGACGGUGAGGUCGAGGAGGUGCGCGAGGAAAUAGAAAACGAUGCGGAGGCCUUGGUGUUGUGUGAUUCCAAACACUCUAGUGGCUGUUCAUCUAACACAGAUACAAGCACACUAGGCAUUACAAACAGCACUACCCCAGAAGAUAAUAGUGGCCAAAUCAAAAUGAACGCCGGCACCACAGCUGUAUUGGGUAGCAUAUUUCCUCACCUCGCCGUCAUACAUCAGUUUGCCCUACUCAAUGCUGAUGUCAAGGCGCUGGAAUUGAUCUCACAAUUGGGUGUGCAUAUGCAAAAUCAGGCUGUUGAAGGAGCUUACAAGCAACUGACCCUGGCGUCAACAAGUGAUGAGCCCAUUGUGGACAGUACCCAGUCGGAUGUUGGAGCUUUGUAUGCAGCCGAUCUUGAUGAUAUUGUUCUAAUUGAGUGAAUAAGAAUUCUUUAAGUUUUUCAUUUAAAUAUACUUGGUAUACGAGUAGAAUACGAACUUAGUUUCUAUGUAGGGGAAACUUCACACAUGGGCCUUUGAAUUUAGUAUAAAAAAAUCCACCGCCUUAAUAUAGAGCUUAUAAUGAGAACCUACUUAUCAUAGUAUAUAAGAAAUGUACAUUUGUUUCCAUAUUUAGUAAGUAAGAAUUUAAAUACAAUGAACAAAUGAGAUCUAUGAAUGAAAUAUUGUGAAGAUGGAUUUAUACUUAUUUAGAGGAAUCUGGUUUAUCUAGAACUGUCUGCAUUGGUAUCCUCGCAAAACUUAUACGGCUGUGUAAACUGACGCUGGAUAAUACCAGAACAUGCAGUCAGAAUUAAAAUUCAAACAGGGUGACUCUUUAUGGUGCGAUUUCAUCAAUUUACUGCUGAAGAAAAUAAUCAAUAAUAAAUAGGCAAAGACAAAGUACUAGAGUGUUC